AUUCGAACCUGCGCGGGCAGAGCCCACAUGAUUUCUAGUCAUGCCCGAUAACCACUCCGGCACGCCCACAGUUGAUGAGUAGUGGAGGGAAGAUGAAGAUUAAGAAUGGAAAUUAGGGCAAAAACAAAGGAAGGAGGAGAAGAGAGCAUUGACCGAAUCAGAAGGAAAUGGUGGAUUGUGUUGAUUCCUAAGAAUAGGCAGAGGUGGAGGGCAAGGUUUGUGUAAUGGGAAGGGAAAAAGAAAGGUCGAAUUUGUUAAUAUAGUUAGAGUUUUGAAACCAACUAAAACCAAAAUGACCACCUCAUAUUGCUUUCUCCUUCUCACUUUUGAUUUUGCUUUUCCUUCACAUUCAUCAACAUCAAUAUCAACAACAUCUUGAUCCAAUUCUCUUUUCCUCUUCUGGGUUCACCGGCGUAGGCGGCUGCUGUUUCUGUUGAUGGUAGCAUCGCCGGUCGGAACCCAUGGGAGGAGGGCGGACGUCGACGGCACCUUCUAGAAAGGUUAUGGUGGUAGUAGAUCCUACCCGAGAGUCCGCCGCUGCACUCCAGUAUGCUCUUUCGCAUGCUCUUAUGGAUAAUGAUCAGGUAAUUCUCCUCCAUAUCGAUAACCCUAAUUCUUGGAGGAACGCUAUUUCUACGUUCCUUAAGAGACCUAAUGGUGGUGGAUCUACUAAUAGUAAUAAUAAUAAUAAUGUUCAUGCUGCCGCUACUGCCACUGCCGCUUCCGACGGUGGACAAGGAGGAGGAGCUACGGCGGAGGUGGAUUUUCUUGAGGAGAUGAAGAAGGCCUGUAAGAAGGCUCAUCCGAAACUGGAAGUGGGGACGUUGAGAGUUGAAUUGGAAGGCAAAGACAAAGCCUCCAUGAUUAUGGCUCAAACCAAAUCUCUCGGUGUUGAUCUGCUAGUCAUAGGGCAGAGGCGAAGUCUCUCCACAGCUAUCUUAGGAUAUAGAAGGACAGGAGGGGCAAUGAAAGGGGCAAAAAUGUUGGACACAGCAGAGUAUUUGAUUGAGAACAGCAAAUGCACUUGUGUUGCUGUACAAAAGAAGGGACAAAAUGCAGGCUAUCUUUUAAACACCAAAACCCACAGAAACUUCUGGCUCUUGGCUUGAUAUCUCUACUCUCUUACACCAUUUUCCAUUCUCCACAAUCCACCACCACUUUGUUUUCAAUUCAUCACUCACUCCCUACCUCUCCAUUUCUUUUUUUUCAAAAUCUAAACACGUUUGUUUUUUUAUUUGGCCCCCAACCAUUAUUGAGAGAUCAAUUGCAAGUUCUCUCCCACUUGAAUUUGUUGAUUCAUUCGUCUUCUUCAUCAUCAUCAUCACCAUCUCUUGGCUUCGAUUGUUCACCACCCUCUUUUUCUUUCUUUCCAGGCAGUGCAUCAACAUUUGUUUGUACAUACCUUUUGAACCCACAGAAAUUAACCAACUGAAAAUGAGUUAUUCCACUCUUCUUUUUCUUUAUUGGUUUCUUUUUCUUUUUCUUUUUCUGUUUUUUUCUUUUGCUUCAAAGAAUUCAUUUGUUAACAAUGUGCUUAAUUCGAGCCAUUCAGUUGUAUCUUCGAAAAAUGUAAUUUUUCAUUCGAUUAAGUUUGAAUUUGUUGUAUAAGUGGUGAAAAAUUAGUACUCUCCUCAA